AGCGCUUCCGGUUCAUCUCAAGGGCAAAAUUAUCACAUGUACCGAAGCUACACACACUGACUUUAAUCGCUGUCACUGUUAUUAGAUCCAUAAGUGUGUAAAAUGGACAGUUUCGGUUCAGAUUUGUCUUCGGGCUCCUCGUCUGGUAAAAUAGACCCUGGCACUAUAAUGGAGCAGGUUAAAGUUCAGAUUGCUGUUGCAAACGCGCAAGAGCUGCUGCAGAGAAUGACUGAUAAAUGCUUCAAGAAGUGCAUUGGCAAACCAGGAAGCACACUAGACAACUCUGAACAGAAAUGCAUUGCCAUGUGUAUGGACCGCUACAUGGACGCAUGGAACACGGUGUCCCGUGCAUAUAAUUCAAGAUUACAGAGGGAAAGGGCACGUAUUUGAUGUGCAGAUGGUGGCCGGUACUACCUCAGUCCUCAGGUAGAGAUGUCUAGUCUCUAAAUGCACACGGGGUUUGUAGACUUGGCUCUCUUACCACACAACAUCAGCUGAUGGCUUCAGAAGGAACAAGGUGGUUGGAUUUAGACUCUACAAGGACAUUUUUCAUUAAAUUUUGUGUGUUGAAAAGAUUUCAAUCUUAAUUUGCUUAAAAAGAUGGCCAGGAUUGGGAUAACAAAAGAAUUGGUCUGGAUCUUUAGAUCCAGUGUUUCUGGAUCCAGCACCUGUUCGCAGGUUUAAAAACAAUGCUACAUUUGGACUCCUCCCCUUAUUUUGUUAUCUAUACAUUAAGCAGAAUCAAAAUUCAGUGUACGGUCUGCCUUUUGUCAUUGGGUGGAUGUUGCUCCAUUUCCUGAGUGAAGGGCUCACUUUACCAACUCCGUUCCAAAAAACUAGUUCUAUUCCCAGAGGGGGAGAAUUCAGAGGCGUCUUUGUUGCAAAAAUUGUCACUUCUUCACCAGGAGCAGCUGAACAGUCCUUCUUGCUUGCCCCUGAAGAUCAAACCGCAGUUGUCAACCCUGGAGUGUCAUUUGUCUCAUUGUCUGUUAAGUUCAGUAGUAGGGUUGUUUAGAACCGUAAACCCUGUAAAAGCAGAUCCCUUUGUGUACACACGUCAAAAUACCCCAUUUCCUUUGCUUUAUUAAAUAUUGAGAUGCAAACUCCACCAGGACAUUGUCACCAAGCUGUUUUUAUGUAAUGCAAAUAAAUACCACAGAGUCCA